UGGAAAACCAUCGCAGGGAAGAAAUGCGUGAAAAUGCGGCUAAACGUAAUUGAUUGUUUUGUUCUUUUUUUGUUGUGGCUAAAUUAUACUUUUACUUAGUACAGAAUGAAAACCUGAAUCAUAUUUUAAGUGUUUCUUUCUUAAUUUUUCCCCAAACAACAGCUCCAUAGUCAUGCAUGCAUUCGCCUACAUUUAUAAGGACUUUUCUUAUUAAUUUUGUUUUUCAAAUAUUACUCGGAGGACGCCCGCUUCACUGGGAAGAGAGACUGAGAUGAAACAAUGCCUGUUACGCUGCUUUCUUUAGAAAACUUACUCUGAAGUUCUCUUUAUGGCGUUUUAAAAUGACAGACUCUAACUUGAGGAACGAAAGCAACUAUGGGAUCUAUUUUGCUGAAGCUUUCAAUGGAUCUGUCCUGGACCAAAUCUUUCCAAACGACAGCAUCACAACAUGCCCGAACUUCACAAUGGACUCACAGGUUGUCGGUGUCGGGAUCUUUCUCUCUGUUUUCAUUGCGGUGGCAAUUAUUGGGAACAUUUUGGUUAUCCUGUCUGUGCUGUGCAAUAAACAUUUGCAGACUGUCACAAACUUCUUUAUUGUCAACCUAGCUAUGGCAGACCUGCUGCUGAGCAUUAUUGUGCUGCCUUUUUCUGCGUCUCUAGAGGUUUUGGGAUGCUGGGUGUUUGGCCGGGUUUUCUGUAACAUCUGGGCAGCGGUGGAUGUGCUCUGCUGCACCGCAUCCAUCCUCAGCCUUUGCGUCAUCUCUAUCGACAGGUACAUAGGUGUUAAACACUGUCUUAAAUACCCGACUAUUAUGACAGAGAGAAGGGCAGUGGCUAUUUUAGUGCUAGUCUGGGUGUCAUCCACGGUCAUUUCUGUCGGACCGCUGCUGGGAUGGAAGGAACCGCCGCCUGUGGAUGACAGGAUCUGCAGCAUCACAGAGGAGCCGGGCUACGCGCUCUUCUCCUCGCUCUUCUCUUUCUACCUCCCGCUCCUGGUCAUCCUCAUCAUGUAUUUCAGGGUCUACGUGGUGGCCCGUAGGACUACCAAAAGCCUCGAAGCGGGCGUCAAACGAGAGAGAAACAAGUCGAUGGAAGUGGUGCUCCGGAUACACUGUCGCAGCGUGCUGGAGGACGCGCGCCAGACCAGCUCCAAAAGCAACAAAAACCAUCCGUUUCGAAGUUCGCUCUCAGUGCGGCUGAUGAAGUUCUCCAGGGAGAAAAAGGCUGCUAAAACCCUCGCCAUCGUUGUGGGGAUGUUCAUCUUGUGCUGGCUGCCCUUUUUCUUCUUUCUGCCGAUGGGUGCCUUCUUCCCGGCACUGAAGCCAUCCGACACUGUGUUUAAGGUGGUCUUCUGGUUGGGCUACUUCAACAGCUGCAUCAACCCCAUGAUCUAUCCCUGCUCCAGCAAAGAGUUCCAGCGGGCGUUCACUCGGCUCAUCAGGUGCCAGUGUCACCAAAGACAGAGGGUCCUGCGUCGCUUCUACAACCAGAGGUGGCGGACAGCUGUCAAAGGAAUGUCGAGGGAUCAGAGGGGAGACUGUAAGCCCGGCUAUGCCGUGCACGAGUCCUGUGGCAGCUCUUUGUUACACAAGGGGAAAGGGCGCUCGCUAAGUUUCAAGAGAUGGAGUCUGUUUCCACCACUGCAAAAAUCUUCCUUCCAGCUCAAAGAGAAAGUGAACAAUCUGUCGAAUAAAAUCAAGGGAGGGCCAGGAAAGGGAACCACACCUGCAGUAGGUCGGAUUGAUAUAGUAGACACAGUUUCUAUGGGGAUUUACAACUCCUGUGAGCAGAACAAUUAUCAGUUCUAUGAUCUGGCAGACUGCUAUGGCCUGAAGGAGACUGACAUUUAGACGGCCACCAGAGAAUCUUUUAUUUAUUUUUCAAAGGGCCACAUUGGACCAACAUGCAGGAAAGACUGCGAUAGGACAUAAUUUUUGUGUUAACGAAACAUCUGAGAAUCAUAGCUUGAUUAAAGCUGUGGACAGAGAAUGACGUCUUGAUCCCAGCACAAACAGGACUAAAACUUUAUCUCAGUCCUUCAUUCCGGUCAUGUUUAUUUAGAUGAAAUGUCUUGUGAGAUGCUUGAAGCCACUUUUUGGAAGUGGAUGCAGCAGGAGCCAUCUUCUUGGACUUACUUCAAGUGCUGUCACUUGGAAGAACUGUGCAUCAAUGUUACACAGAUCACAGUUGACAGGUGUUCGCAUCUUCUGCAAGACAGCUAACACAGUCCUCAUUAUUACUGCUUAUUUCUUCAGAUUUUACAUCAGAUGGUCUCCAUGUCUUUUAAACAAGCCAGCUGACACUACAUGAUUACUGGUGAUUGCUUUGUUUGAUAUCCAGCUGAUUUUUGAAACAAAUAUUUUUGAAAACUAACAGAGUAAAAUAAGAGUUAUACAAGCAAUUUUUAUUGUUGCCAGAAUGUCUUGAUUUUAUCAGAUGUCAUUUGUUAGAAUAAUUUAUGAUUCAUCAUCUGCCAUUUUUCUGUUUUGACAAGGCAUUGUAAAGAUAAGAUGGCGGCUAAGGAUAAAGAUGCUGCACAGUAUUUAUUCAAACUGUUGGAUUUAUAAAUGAACUUGGCAGUGAAAUGUAUACUGUUUGAAUAAAAACUCAUGUGUCUACUUGGCCUGUGUAACUGUAUUUUGCAUUGCCAAGUGAGUGUUAAUGUGAAAUGAACAUGCUUUUUUUUGUAUUUUUCGAUGUUAUGUUUGUUUAUGUGAGAUGAAAAGAGAAAUAAA